UAUUAUAUUAGUCAAAACCUAAUAGAGUCAUACUCAAAUUUCAUAUAAAACCUUACUGAAAAGUUUUCCUGUUUCCAGUUUUUAGAGGAGUGUCCCUCAGUAGAACUCUAAGAUCAUAUUUAAAAUCAGUAGACAAUAAACCAUAACUAGCAGCCUGCUACCAUAACUAGCAGCCUGCUUUUGCAGGGUAAGCAAGAACUUUAAGCUCAUUUUAAAAUGCAGCCGUGUGCACUCACUGCUUGAGAUUUUUCUAUUCUUGUGGCUUGUCCUGGUUUGUUAUUUUGUAGGCAGUCUCACGGGGGUACCUGUGUUCAGUUCAGCACUUCUGGGUUUUUCCUCUGUCCUUUGUGUUUUUGUCUUUGCAUCCUUCAACACUUCCUGUAUCCGUGCAAUGUAAGAUAAAGGCAAUGAUCGAGCCACACUACUUUUUUUAUCAAGAUUUUGUUCCCUCUCUGCCCUUUUUCCUUUUCUGUUCUUUUGCAGAACUGUGUGUACCUGAGGCACAAGCCACCUCAUGCAAUCACUGCUCUGCUGAAGCACUAAAUUCUCUGAAGUUACUCCUGCUGUUACUGGCUCUGCACAUGAUCGCUGUUCACGCCGUGGGGGAAUUAGUAAUCAAGAAGCAUGAAGCAUGGUGGGAGUACUUCCUAACAGAAAAUCAGGAAUCUGUGGCACAAUUGCACUUUGUUGAAAAUUGUGGAAAGUUCUUUAGCACUUUUAUUUAGUGAUUAAGUUCAAGACAUGGGGCCUAUGAAAUACAAAUCAAGUGUGUCCUCAGUGUCCUGUGGUCUGCAGUAUCACCAUUCAUUGAUGAAGUGGAGUCCAAAAGUGAAUUUACACGUGGUGAGGACUUACUGCCCAUCAGGGCCCAAGAGGCCUGAAGCCAAGUCUGCAGUGGAAAUGGCCAUGGGUCUCCUUCAUCGGAUCACAGAGUCAGGGGCUGCCAUGGGAAAAAACUCCCUCCAAAAAGUGUCUGCAACAUGCAGGAAUUGGUGGGACAGAUACGAAGAAUUUGUUGGAAUCAAUGAAGUUCGAGAGGCUCAGGGAAAAGUGACAGAGGCAGAAAAUGUCUUUAUGAUAGCUCGAGGGAUAGUACGAGAGGCUCGUGAAAAUGUAGAAGCCCAACAGAUUAAACUGAAGGAAAUUCGGGAUCGCUUAGACAGGGUCUCUCGGGAUGACACCCAGUAUUUAGAGCUGGCUACUCUGGAACACAGGUUGUUGCAGGAAGAGAAGAGGUAUCGAGCUGCAUAUUUAAAUGCAGAAGAAUCUGAGAGAGAGAAAUUCUCUCUCUUCUCUGCAGCUGUCAGGGAAAGCCAUGAGAAGGAGCGCACAAGAGCUGAAAAAACGAAGAACUGGUCUAUUAUUGGCUCUGUACUGGGAGCCAUUAUAGGUGUUCUUGGUUCCACCUAUGUCAAUCGAGUAAGGCUGCAAGAAUUGAAAGUCCUGGUGCUUGAAGCACAGAAGGGCCCAGUAAAUUUACAAGAAGCUAUCAAGGAACAGGCCUCCAGCCAUUACUUGCAGCAGAAAGAUCUCAGUGAUGUCAUAGAAGACCUAAAAAAUGUGCUGCAAACAACAGCAUCAAGGGGAGUGAAAGAAGGGGCUUUGUUAACUAGAGAAACCAGGAAUGACUCCAUAAAAAUAGAUUCUCUUUUAAUGCCUUUAAAUGAACAGCUGAACUACAUUAAACAAGUCAGUUCAUGCCUAGGGAGUUUACAACAGCAGUUUAACAGUCUGCAGGAAAGUAUCACACAGGUGCUGUCUGAGCUGCAGAGUGUCAAACUCGCCAUCCAGUCCCGACCUACAGAAAGAGUGAUGCCAAGGCCUUCAGGGGAGGGCAAGGGCCAGGCUGCUGCUGUGAGAGAUGUGAUUUUGGAAUUGUGUGACACUGAACGGAGACUGGAAACACAGAUCAAGAGAAGUUCUAUUUACAGCACUGCACUGACAUGUGCUGUGUUUGCCAUUACUCUGCCUGUGCUCUAUAUCAUACUGAAAGGGAACUGAUCCCUAAUUAAUUGCCACAACUUAUUAGAUUAAUAAAGGUAAACUUGCACUCUAAGUACCUAGAGUACAAGUCCAAAUAAAGCUGCUGUAGUGUUUCUCA